CCAGACCCAACCCGAUCCUCUACAACCAUCUGUCUCGGUGUUCAUUGAUCCUCUCUCCACAAACCUAAAAUCUCGGCAUUGGAUCUCCGGGAGGAUCGAGAAAGAGAGGAUUCGUGAUGACGAUCGUAGCGACGCUUUUCGAUUCGAAGACGGGAAAAUGCUAUGCUCCAAGCUUCGUCGCCGUCAAUCUCUGUCUGGCUUUAAUCGAUGGCGCUCUCGCUUUCAUCACUUUCCUUCAGUUAACUCGAUUUCACAGGCGGGAUAAACGAGUUGGAUGGACGCGCCAAAAAGUACUUCAUCUCAUGAUUGGCUCUUCAACCACUGGUUCUUUCGUUUAUUUCGUGGCUGCGAUUAUAGCGACUUGCACAAGGUGGCAUCAUUGGUCCAACGCAUUCGGUUUUCUACUUAUGGCCUUUCCCAAGAUUCUGUUUCUGGCAACUUUUCUCCUGCUUCUCUCUUUCUGGGUAGAUGUUUGCCAUCAGGGAAAUGGAGAGGAGGAGGAUGAUGAUGAUGAAGAAAACAGCAUCCAGCAAGUAUUGCUCGAAAAAAGCAAGAGCAAGGCAGGUUCAUCGAGUACAAGUGAUCGCAGAAAGUGUUGCUCUUUCCAUGGGAUUCAUGUUGGCACCCGUCAGAAGUUUGUUGUUGCGGCGGCUCUUCUUGUGUUCAUUUUGAUGAUAUCAUUUGCAAUCCUUAUUUGGAUUGCUUCCGGAAAGAAUUCUACCGAUCCUUCAUUAUUGGCUCAGGUGUAUGUUGAUAUUUUUGCUUCAAUAAUCCUAAUCACGGGAGGAGGAAUAUGCUUCUAUGGCAUACGUCUGCUCUUUAAUCUAAGGAAGGUCCGGUCUGAACAAGUUUCUUCAGAAAUGCGAAAGGUAUCGGGUUUAGCAGGCGUCUCAGUUGUAUGCUUUACCGUGAGCUCUUUAAUCGCUCUUCUCACACACAUUCCGCUCUUCUAUCAUUGGAACCCAAGCAAAUUACACGGCGUCAAGGCAUUGGUUCUUCUGAUCAUAUACUACUUCAUAGGUUCCACCGUACCAUUGGCGUUCGUGUUAUGGGUUUUGCGGGAGUUGCCCCCUCAAAGCGUUGUGAGUAGACAAGAAGAACCAAGAAGAAUCACUUAUGUCAACUAUGAAACUGUUGCAAGGGAGCCUCCUCAGCAGUGGACUUCCACAACUGUCUCCAAAAACCAGGUUUCUAAGGCAAGUCCAAUAUGACUCAAAGAAAUAUCAUAGCGAUAGCCUGAAGCAAGAAUCCGCCCAAUGUUCUUCUCUUGUUACCGUGGAAAAGCCUGGUGGAGUAGCGUAGUGGCUCUAGGCCCAACCUGGUGUGUCUGUGCUGGAGUGAAAUGAAAGUGGAAACAAGCUCGUUUUCUUCUCUCUGCGCCGCCUUGGAAGACAAAAAUUUGUUUAUAAGAUAGAAUGGAGGUUGAAUCCGAGGAUUCUCUGUAAAUAUUUUCUAUGAUAUAGCAGUUCUUUUAGUUUUAGUUGCACUUGCAUCAUGUGUUGGGCCCUUGUGGAUAAAUUUAUAUACAUAUCUUCUUCCUAA